AUGGUACACCUACCUUACGUUAAUGGAAUACUAAACCUCAUGGGUCGAGGUACAACUGGUCAAUCUAGUCCUGUGAUUGAAGUUAAGCCGUCAUUUUGUUGCAAUUCAAUGUUGGUACGACUAGCUGGAUUGUCUGGGGCAUUGGCUGUUAUUGCGAGCGCUUAUGGUGCCCAUGGUUUCAAAGAUGAACAAGAUAAACAAAGACAAAUUUUCAAAACUGGGGCUUAUUAUCAUUUGGUUCAUUCGGUGGCUUUGUUAACCACGCCUUUAUUCAGACGUCCUGUUUUGUCUGCUACUCUUUUCGCCACCGGAACUCUACUUUUCUCUGGUUCAUGUUAUUAUGUGGCUCUAACUGGAGAUGAUCGGUUUUCUAGAAUAGCACCUAUUGGUGGCAUGACGCUCGUAUUCGCCUGGCUUUCUUUGGUUUUCUAA